CCUGCGUCACCGCGGCGGCGGCGGGGGGGGGGUGACGCUAGACGUCGGCGGCGCCGGCGUGCAUGACGCAGUUGCCCAUGGUAACCCGGGAGCCGCGUAGAGGAUGGGUUUACUGUCAAUCCUGCGCAAACUGAAGAGCGCACCAGACCAGGAGGUGAGGAUCCUUCUCCUGGGGCUGGACAAUGCCGGCAAGACCACGCUUCUGAAACAGCUGGCGUCUGAAGACAUCAGCCACAUCACACCGACACAGGGCUUUAACAUUAAAAGCGUACAGUCCCAAGGCUUCAAGCUGAACGUCUGGGACAUAGGCGGACAAAGGAAGAUCCGGCCGUACUGGAGGAACUAUUUUGAAAACACUGAUGUCCUUAUCUAUGUCAUCGACAGCGCAGAUAGAAAGAGGUUUGAAGAAACGGGUCAGGAGCUGGCCGAGCUCUUGGAUGAGGAAAAGCUCAGCGGAGUCCCCGUGCUCAUCUUCGCUAACAAGCAGGAUUUGCUCACGGCUGCCCCUGCCUCCGAGAUCGCCGAGGGACUGAACCUGCACACAAUCCGCGACAGAGUCUGGCAGAUCCAAUCGUGUUCGGCCCUCACAGGAGAGGGAGUGCAGGACGGCAUGAACUGGGUCUGCAAAAACGUCAACGCCAAGAAGAAAUAAAAUAAAGCGCAGCGAGUUGCGGGGACGCCGGUGGAGCUGCGGGAGGCACGAGUCUGUCCUGAAAACACUAAUUUGCUGCUUUCUGACCAAAUGUUUUUCCAUCUGUGCACAGCUACAGCUGUUAAAAGGGAACCACAGUUAAACCGAUUGCUGGAAUUGGAACUCGACCUGCUCUUUAGCCUAUUCUUUUGCCCAAUAAAGGAAUUGCAAUUCUCCAUCCCCACCCCCCCCUGCCCCUACCCCGUGCAUAAAUAGUAUUAAAUGUCUAAUUAGAAAAUGAGUUCUUGACCAGAAGCAAGGUUGCGAUUUGGUUUAGGGCAGGCCGGUGGGUUCAGGGGAGGGGGCUGCUUUCUAGGGGCUGAGAUAAGGACGCACCUCCGUGCGCUCACAGGUGCUGCAAUCACUCAAGGCAUUCUCAGGUGUCAGCGAGAGCUUUUCCCGGUGACAGAUGAGUUGCUGUGUUACCGUGCGGUUAGCUAACAGGUAGACGCCGAGGCAUUGCGUGUAACACAGGUAGAAGUCAUGCACAAUCUGCUGUGCCCUAUAGCCAUAACCGGGGACUUCUCUCUUAACAAGGCGCAGUCGCAGGGUGCUCCCCCCCGAUGCCCAGAGGUGGGAAAGGAGCGCAAAACCCACGCCCGUAACCAUUUAAAGAGGAGGAAGAGAAGCAGGGGUGGCAUUUCUCUCAGCCAAAGCAGAAGGCAGCGUUUCCCCUAGAGCUGGCAGGAACUUGUGCAGCCAACUUGAGCGUAGCAGCGGGUUGCUCUGCUUGUGAAAUUAGUCCUGGUGUCAUACAAGCCCUUCUGGUCUUCCAGUGCCCUCCAGGUGACCGCAGCGAAGCACAAUUCAUGCCCUCCUCGUAUUCUGCAAAGAUAGAGCUUGUAGACGUGGUCCCGGCUUUCCUCCGUAAAUCUGUACAACACGUUCUCUGGCCUCCUCUGAUGUCCUUUUUUCAUGUCCGGAGCUGCCCUGGGCGUGCCCCGCCGUGGGGACUUGGAGCGCUCGCGAGCAGGCAGGAACGCCAGCCUAAAACCUCCCUGUGCGGAGGCACGCGUCAGAGGAGACCAGAGAUCCAGAGAGGCUGGGGGGAAAGUGUCUUUCACCCCAAGUCACCAGUUCCUCUGAUCCAGCCCCGGCUGACGACGACUCAGUCGUUAGCACUUGGGAGCAGCUCCCUCCCAGAGAGACGGGUGCUGGCUCAGGUUGCAGAGUAGUCAACCCCGGCGAUGGGCAGCUUUGCAGUUUCAACAUAGGGGGACAGAGAUGGAGCAAAGCGCUGCCCCCUUCUCUCCAGGGAGCAGAUGGACGGGCAGAUUAGGAAAAAUGUCGCCCUGUCUGCAUCGCCAGGCUAGUACGUUAGGAAGCAUCUGCUGCCGUCUCCAACCCCGAAGAAGGGCACGUGCAUGGGAGGCCAAAAGAGCUGGUUUCAAGGGACAAAAAAGCUUUGGAGGAAAAACAUAGGCUCAAGUCAGUUGUUAAGCAAGAGCUAAAGAUGCCAGGCGGCCGUGCCAGCUUUGCAUGGGAUGAGCAAAGAGCCAUAAGCUGCACAGAUCCAUUGAAAUCGGCUCGCUCGGUAACUUGGCAGCUGCAUUAGCUUCUCUAGACCCCAGGAAUAUUGACCACGUAUGUUCCCAGGGGCUAGUCCUCCGCGGGAGGAGAAAUGUAGGGCAGCGCAUGUCUGCGCAGUUGCUUCCUUGCUGUUCAUGCACCUGCUCGGUGCGAGCCCUGGAAGCAAUCCCAGCUCUUACAAACUGUGUGUUGGGGCAGAGCCUCAAACCCCAUAGCUCCCGCUGCACUGUAGGUGCCCGGCCUCCGAAACGCUUUCCUACCCCUUCCCUUCCGCAUGAACGAAUUCCCACGGCCAGGUAGGUCCCUGCCGGGGCAGGAGAGGUUCAGGGUGGGCUCCUCCUUGCUCUUCGAUCAUGUUUUUAAAGGAGCAGGAAACUCAUUUGAUAACGCCCUCCACGGAGGAGCUGAGAACACACGUCGUUGUUUGCCGUUUGCAUGCGAAGAGCUCACCCUCGCCGUUCGCCUGCCUUGGGCACGCCGGGAGGUGGCUCCUGUAACCUUAUUUGGGAGCAAAAGAGUGACUUGUUGGCCAUAGAGACUAGAAAUGACUCACUGGGCUGUUCGACUUGCCUGCUUGUUGGAGGUCCUUUUGCGGCUGAAGCCACUGGGCUAGCGUGGUCUCUCUGUAGCCAGUGGCACACAGCGGAGUGAUGAAGCUGGCAUCACAUCCAGCUGGUAUCUUUGAUCCCAACCCAUGCGGCCAGGUCCCUAUUUCUAGCUGGGCUGACUGGGGACACCAAGCAGCGCCCCUGCCCUCGUCCCAGCAGCACGGCGCACCCACAGCCCACUGCGGAGGUCGGGCCGUGUCCUUCUCGCCCCGCUCUCCCCCCUCCAGAGCGAGGUGAGAGAGCCGAGGCCUCUCGCAGAGAUGGGCAGAGAGGCGAUGGAUUCACAUUGCAUGGCCGGCAGGGACCGUGAUGCUCGUCUCAUCUGACCUCCCAUGUAACGUGGACCAUUCAAUUCCACCCAGUAACUCCUGCAUCCAGUGUCAUGACUUGCGCUUGGGCCAGGGCAUCCCUGUCAGCCCACCCCUGCUGUCAGUGUUGUAACCACAGCCCUGGGGAAGCGGCUCUGGGAGUGAAUGACGGCACCCCGGUACCCCCCUGCCACACGCCCGCUAAAAACACCCAUGCUAAAUGGUCUCGGUUCGGUUUGGAGCCAGUGGCUCUUGCGCUGCUGUUGUCUGGUAGCGGCUCUUUGCCAUCUCUGCCUGGGUCCUCGGAGGGGAAAGCAGAGCUCGGGGAGGGGGCUAGAUUUGGUUUCCCGUCCCACCUGCAGUAGACAGCACAGGACAGCGAGUCGAGAACUGGGCUUCUCUUCCUGCACCUAGGCAGACGUGGGCGGCUUUUUUCGUUUAGCUCCUUCCCCCCCAGUUAGACCCAGUCUCUCCACCUGGGUCCUGGGUAAUGGGAUAGCACCGGCUGGAGAGAGUCUCAUUUGUUUCCCAUUUUCCAACCAGGUCCUUUGCAUUUUUUUUAUAUGCUUCAUCACGGCUGUGGCCCACUGUGCUUGGAUCAUCCUUCGCUGUAUUUGUAGGCUGUAGCACCUCGUUCUGGAUCAUGCCGUUGUGCACUAGGGCACCGUACAAACCAAGGGCACUCCCCGAAGAACACCCCAGCCCUGCUCUCCCACCCGCUCCCACGGCAGCAGACAGUCUGAUCCACACCAGUUCAGGGUUUACGUUCCCUUUUUCGAAUUGGACCAACGGGGGGGAUGCAAUAUUCAGUCAUGUUCCACUCAAUGUGUAGAUGUCUCUGUCAAGAAUAAAAAUAAACUCCGAUUUAGUAGAAACACA